CCCCCAAAAAUUUUUUAAUUAGCCAGGUGUGGUGAUGCACUCUUGUAGAGCACCUCAGCUACUCCAAAAGCUGAAGUGGAAGGACUGCUUUAGCCUAGGUGUUCACGGCAACAGUGAAUCAUGAUGGCACCACUGCACUCCAGCCUGGGUGACACAGCGAGGCCCUGUCUCAAAUAAAUAAAUAAAGAGGCAAUGGUCUGAGAUGUAGAACCUGAUGCUUUUAGCAGGGCACAGUUAAAUACAGAAAAGGUUGUUCUGACCUGGGAUUCGUCCCUGGGGGUCUUCAUGAAGACCUCAGGCCGUGCCUGAGGUGCACCUGGACAGGCUACCUGCAGGAGAGGGACUGAGGGUGAAGGUUUGGGAACAGCAAAUAAUAUCAGCAGGUAGAAUGAGGAGGCAGAGCUAGAGGAUUCCAUGGAGGUCACAUCACCCAUGAGGUCCUAUCACCCAGGUCAUUCAGUCACUGGCCACUUCAUGCUCAUUUCAUGCUCACAACAACUCUGCAGUAGUAAUUCACUAACUCUUUGUCACAGAUGACAACACUCAGACCUAGACAUGGGAAUUGACUGUUCAGACAGUGCAGAUGGAAGCCGGGAAGGCAGAAUUCAACCCUGGGUCUCAGGCCAGUGCUAUUACCUCAUGCUUCCUCGACUCGAGUGGCAACGAGAAGAGAUUAGAGAGGAUGCGGGCUGGGCAGAGGUGGAGAAGAAGGGGUAAGUGAGAGGGAUGUAGGAUGCGGACAGCAGGUAGCAGCUGAGAAGGACAGGGAAGAAGUUUGGGGCUUCUGGCAGUAGUCAUGUGAACGGAGGUGGGAACAGCAGGGUAUGGGUUCAGGGGAAGAUGGAAACUCAAACGAUAAGUCCGGCGACCGGCCUACUGACGAGUUGUGGGGCGGAGUUGUCAGAAGGCAAAGAGAGACACAUAUCUGAAGGUCAGAGGAACGGUCCAGCCUGUGAGAGUCAGAGAGAGUCAGUGUAAUCUUGGAUUUUGGUUCCUUUUUACCACUUAACAGCAAAGUUAAGAAGGUUCUGGGAGAGAGCUGACGGGGUACGGGUGGUGUCCCACGGGUGUCAAAGAUGACUUCUGGCUCACCUCUGACUCGGUUUCCCCCACAGAUGGCUUUUCCCUGCCGCAGGUCCCUGGAUCCCAAGACUCUGGCCUGCCUCCUGGUGGGCGUGAGUUUCUUGGCACUGCAGCAGUGGUUCCUCCAGGCCCCGAGGUCCCCGCAAGAGGAGAGGUCCCCGCAGGAGGAGACGCCAGAGGGCCCCACCGACGCUCCCACAGCUGCCGCUCUGCCCUCGGUGCUGGCCCCCGGGCCCCCGUGCAUGGCCAACGCCUCAGCCAACGCCACGGCCGACUUCGAGCAGCUGCCCGCGCGCAUCCAGGACUUCCUGCGGUACCGCCACUGCCGCCACUUCCCGCUGCUCUGGGACGCUCCGGCCAAGUGCGCAGGCGGCCGCGGCGUCUUCCUGCUCCUGGCCGUGAAGUCGGCGCCUGCGCACUACGAGCGGCGCGAGCUCAUCCGGCGCACGUGGGGACAGGAGCGCAGCUACGAGGGGCUGCAGGUGCGCCGCCUCUUCCUGCUGGGCACCCCGGGACCCGAGGACGAGGCGCCCGCCGAGCGGCUGGCGGCGCUGGUGGCGCUGGAGGCGCGCGAGCACGGCGACGUGCUGCAGUGGGCCUUCGCCGACACCUUCCUCAACCUCACGCUCAAGCACGUGCACCUGCUGGACUGGCUGGCGGCGCGCUGCCCGCACGCGCGCUUCCUGCUCAGCGGCGACGACGACGUGUUCGUGCACACCGCCAACGUGCUCCGCUUCCUGCGGGCGCAGCCGCCCGGCCGCCACCUGUUCUCCGGCCAGCUCAUGCAGGGCUCCGUGCCCAUCCGCGACAGCUGGAGCAAGUACUUCGUGCCCCCGCAGCUCUUCCCCGGGUCGGUCUACCCAGUGUACUGCAGCGGCGGUGGCUUCCUCCUGUCCCGCGCCACGGCCCGGGCCCUGCGCUGGGCCGCCGGCCACACCCCGCUCUUCCCCAUUGACGAUGCCUACAUGGGCAUGUGUCUGGAGCGCGCCGGCCUGGAGCCCAGUGGCCACGAGGGCAUCCGGCCCUUCGGUGUGCAGCUGCCUGGCGCCCGGCAGCCUUCCUUUGACCCCUGCAUGUACCGCCAGCUGUUGCUGGUGCAUCGCUUCGCACCCUACGAGAUGCUGCUCAUGUGGAAGGCGCUGCACAGCCCCACGCUCAGCUGUGACCGGGGACACCGGGUCUCCUGAGGCUGGGUGGGUGGCCUCAGUCCCGGGCCUCCACCCGUGACGGUGUCCGUGCUGAGAAGGCAGCUUUCCCACCCUGGGUACCUUCCGUCCUGCCCAGCUCUGUGCACCUGAAACCCAGCUACGCACUGAAAUCAGCAGGGUGUGAGGGAUGCGGGAAAUAACUGCAUCCUGGCUGCAUGUCCUGAAGUUUUGAUUUGAUUGGUCUGGGGUGACCCAAGACGUGUUAAGUAUUUUUUAAGUUCCUCCGGUGAUUCGAAUGUGCAGCUAGACCUGAGGACCACUGGGCUAGAAUGUCUGUUCAUCCUCGAAAACCCAGCUCCACCGCCCCCUCUGCAAGCCUUCCCGGGCACCUGGCUCCCACACUCGGGUCCUUGUGGGCUGUGGAGCAAGGGAUACCUGGGAAUGUGGGAGCGAGGAUCAGCGUACCCUGCCAUAUGCCUACAAAUGUUAAGUUGCCAUUUCCACCACUUCCUCUACAAGUGAGUGGAGCUGGAGCUGGGCUGACAGUCGUCAGGUGGAUCCUGCUUCUCCCUCCCCCCAGAAGUCAGUCACAUGUAGCUGAGGUACAUGUGGCAUCCUUCCUCUCACAGCUGUCCGGGUACCCCAUGAGGUAGAAAUCAAAGUGGAAACCAGAGGCCUGGUCAGACAGUGACUAAUCCAGGGCCAUGUCAUUCUCAGACAGCACCCCAUUUUGAUCCCCUCCACACUCACCCCCACCAAAGUUAAUGGCCUGGUAGGGUCCUGCCAACCAAUGCUCACCCCCACAGGUCAGAGACAGGUUCCUUGCUGGAGUCUGGGUCUCAGGGUCAGUGGGCCUUGGACAACCCAGCAGGGAGUUCUGGGGAGUUCAAAGUGGAGAAACGCUGAUGGGAACAUGGAGGCCAGCAUUGGAGAGGCUAUGGAGGCAGGUGUGUAGAAUUGUGUUUGGGAGGUGGGAGAUCUGAAACGGAGGUGGAUAGUGGUUAAGAGAAUGUGCAGGGCUUCCUGGGAACUUGGUGACCGGGGCUGUGAGAACCAGGCUGUGGUCCCGACCUGAAGCAGUUACAGCUGCCAGUCAUCUUGGCAAUAUAGAAAAUCAAGGAAACAGCCUAAGGACAGGCAGAAGUGUGUGUCAGCAAGGUCCCAACUAUAUAAGAUGGAUGCAGGGACUCGCUUUCAGGGAGGAAAGAACCUGGGCAGAAAGUCAGAAGACUGGCCAAAGGAUCUUCGUUGCCUUCAGGACAAAGACCAGACUCCUCAGUCCUGCAUUUCCGGUUCCACGGACUGCCACUCACUGCUCCCUUCCCCUGGGAGCAGUGUGAUCCACUGGCCUCAGCCUCCCAAAGUGUUGGGAUUAUAGGUGUGAGCCACCACACCUGGCUGAGGUGAUGGUUUUAAAGUGCAGCACUUCCUCGUUUUCGCUCCCACUCCCUCCUGCUGCCUUGUGAAGAAGCUGUCUGCUUUCCCUUCACUUUCAGCCUU